UUGAUGCAAAAUGAGUGUUCCUGACUACAUGCAGUGUGCUGAGGAUCAUCAGACUCUCCUGGUUGUGGUUCAGCCGAUUGGCAUUGUACCCGAAGAGAGCUUUUUCAGGAUCUACAAGCGAAUUUCAGCAGUGAGUCAAGUUAACGUGCGUGACUCUCAGCGUGUGUUGUAUAUCCGUUAUAGGCACCAUUAUCCCCCAGAGAACAAUGAAUGGGGGGAUUUUCAGACACACCGCAAAGUUGUGGGGCUGAUAACUAUUACGGACUGUUCUUCUGCGAAGGACUGGCCUCAGACUUUUGAAAAAUUCCAUCUUCAAAAGGAAAUGUAUGGUUCUACUCUCUAUGAUUCCCGGUUGUUUGUCUUUGGGCUUCAAGGAGAGAUUGCAGAGCAGCCCCGCACAGACGUGGCGUUUUAUCCUAGUUACGAUGAAUGUGAAACUGUGGAGAAGAGAAUAGAAGAUUUUAUCGAAUCCCUCUUCAUAGUGUUGGAGUCUAAGCGGCUUGACAGAGCUACUGAUAAGUCUGGAGACAAGAUCCCGCUCCUCUGUGUUCCUUUUGAGAAGAAGGAUUUUGUAGGUCUCGACACAGAUAGUAGACACUAUAAGAAGCGUUGUCAAGGCCGGAUGCGGAAACAUGUUGGUGACUUGUGUUUACAAGCUGGCAUGUUACAAGAUUCCUUGGUGCAUUAUCACAUGGCGGUGGAACUUCUGCGAUCUGUGAAUGACUUUCUGUGGCUUGGAGCUGCUCUUGAGGGGUUAUGCUCAGCAUCAGUCAUCUAUCAUUAUCCAGGUGGUACUGGAGGUAAAGUUGGAUCUCGCAGGGCACAAGGAGGUUCUCUUUCUGCUGAGGCAGGCAACAGGCACAGACCAGGGGCACAAGAAGUUCUCAUUGAUCCAGGUGCACUGACUUCAAACGGUAUAAAUGCAGAUACCAGUUCUGAGAUAGGACGUGCCAAGAAUUGCCUUAGUCCUGAAGAUAUCAUAGACAAAUAUAAAGAAGCCAUUUCUUACUAUGGCAAGUACAAGAAUGCUGGUGUGAUUGAACUGGAAGCCUGUGUGAAGGCAGUGAGAGUCCUUGCAAUACAGAAAAGGAGCAUGGAAGCCUCUGAGUUUCUUCAGAAUGCAGUUUAUAUCAACCUUCGUCAGCUUUCAGAAGAAGAAAAAAUCCAGCGUUACAGCAUUCUUUCUGAGCUCUAUGAACGUAUUGGUUUUCACCGAAAGUCUGCUUUUUUCAAGCGUAUAGCAGCAAUGCAGUGCGCUGCACCUAGCAUCCCAGAGCCUGGGUGGAGGGCCUGCUAUAAACUGCUUUUGGAAACUCUCCCUGGCUAUAGCUUAUCAUUGGAUCCUAAAGAUUUUAGCAAAGGAACUCAUAGAGGAUGGGCUGCAGUACAGAUGCGUUUGCUUCAUGAGCUAGUAUAUGCUUCCAGAAGAAUGGGCAAUCCUGCUCUAUGUGUCAGGCAUCUGUCUUUCCUUCUCCAGACCAUGCUGGAUUUUCUUUCUGAUCAAGAAAAGAAAGAUGUAACACAGAGCUUGGAAAGCUACACGGCAAAAUGCCCUGGUACAAUGGAAUUCAUCACUCUUCCAGAUGGUUUGAAGUUACCUCCUGUUCCGUUCACCAAAUUGCCUAUUGUGAGAUCUGUGAAGCUCUUGAACCUCCCAACCAGUCUCCGACCUCACAAAAUGAAAAGUCUACUUGGCCAGAAUGUGUCAACCAAAAGCCCCUUCAUAUAUUCUCCAAUUAUUGCGCACAGUCGGGGGGAAGAACGAAAUAAGAAAAUAGAUUUCCAGUGGGUCCAGGGAGAUGUAUGUGAAGUUCAAUUGAUGGUGUACAACCCUAUGCCUUUUGAGCUCCGAGUAGAAAACAUGGGUCUCUUGACAACAGGAGUAGAAUUCGAAUCUCUUCCUGCAGCUCUUUCUCUACCUGCAGAAUCUGGUCUCUAUCCGGUAACUCUUGUGGGUGUUCCUCAAACUACUGGACAGAUCACUGUUAAUGGUUACCAUACUUCAGUUUUUGGAGUCUUCAGUGAUUGCCUUCUGGACAAUCUGCCAGGAGUGAAGACCAAUGGCUGUACUGUUGAAGUCAUUCCAGCUUUGCCAAGGCUGCAGAUCAGUACCUCCCUUCCAAGGUCUGCUCAUACACUUCAGCCUUCUUCAGGGGAUGAAAUCUCCACUAAUGUGUCUGUCCAGCUUUACAAUGGAGAGACCCAACAGCUUAUCAUUAAGUUAGAAAAUAUUGGAACAGAACCAUUGGAGAAACUAGAGGUCACAGCGAAAACAGUCAACACUAAGGAGAAGCUGUAUGGGGACUUCCUGAGUUGGAAGCUAGAAGAUACCCUCUCCCAGUUUCCUCUAAAACCUGGAAAGAUUGCAACAUUUACUGUAAACAUUAAAGUGAAGCUGGACUUUUCAUGCCAAGAAAACCUUCUGCAAGAUCUCAGUGAUGAUGGAAUCAGUGUGAGUGGACUUCCGCUCUCCAGUCCUUUUCGGCAGGUUGUCAAACCAAGAGUAGAGACUAAACCUAUUAAUCCACAAGAAAGCAGCAAAGUUGGUGACUUCAGUCAUGUGAAGACACUGGAAGCCAUUUUGAAUUUUAAGUACUCUGGUGGACCAGGACAUGUUGAAGGAUAUUACAGGAACCUUUCACUAGGCCUUCAUGUAGAAGUAGAGCCAUCUGUUUUCUUUACACGUGUCAGCACCCUUCCAGCAACAAGCACCCGGCAAUGCCAUCUACUUCUUGAUGUCUUCAAUUCUACAGAACAUGAGUUGACCAUCAGUGCUAGGAAUAACGAAGAUUUAAUUCUGCAUGCUGGGGAAUGUCAGCGUAUGGCUAUCCAAGUUGACAAGUUCAAUUUUGAGAGCUUCCCAGAAUCCCCUACCGAUGGGACACAGUUUGCGAAUGCAAAGCAGCUGGAAGAAGAAAGGCAACAAGCAAAAGGUCUGGAGAUUAACAGCAAGCUGGAUAUUUGCUGGAAAAUUCCUUCCUUGAAGCGUGAAGGGGAAGCAAGUGUGGAAGGCGUUCUUAAUCAGCUGGUCCUGGAGCAUCUACAGUUGGCUCCUCUCCAGUGGGAUAUCCUCAUUGAUGGCAAGCUUUGCGACUGCGAUAUUGUGGUGGACUGCAAAGUGGGGGACCCCAUCCCGCUGGAGGUGAAGCUGACCAACUGGAGCAAACACAGCGUGGGGCCCUUCGCUCUUACCGUGACGCCCUACCAGGAUUACCAAAAUGGGGUGCACAACUAUGAGCUGCAAGAUGCUAUCACCUUUGUGGGAUCCAACACCUUCUACAUCGAUUCAGUGAAGCCGACCAAAGACUCUGUGUACUUUGGAGCACUUCUCUUUCUCUACACAGGCGAUUUCUACCUGAAUAUCAAAUUCCAUGAAGACAACUGCAGCAGGGAGCUGCCUCUCUCCUGGUUCUGCCUUCCUAGUGUCCACAUCCGUGCUAUGGAGCCUAUGGUCCAAACUAAGCUGUAAAUGUACUGUGUGCUAUUUGAUUAACUACAGUGCACAGAAAUGCUUGGCACAUCGUCUGCUUGACCCCCGCUUGUUUCUGUCCAACCCCAGGCCACAGUCCCUACUUUGCAGGAA